AUGGCAAUGGUUACAUCUAAUCGCAGCAAUACCACCUUAAUUUUAAAUCUCAUCGCCUACAAGUCCAAAUACUCGAUCAAGUUUGCCGGGAAAACCAUAGAAACAACCGUCACAGACGAAGCUAGCAUCGUAGACGAAUGGGUUCGGGAAAUGCUUUCAAUAUGUGGCGGAAAAGCCGUGGCUGUGGGCUUAGGCGUUCAUGAAUGGAGGCCGCAUCCGAUAUGUUGGAUGAGCAACAAGUCGGCGACGCUCCAACUUUGCAUAGACCAAAAGUGCCUAAUCAUUCAACUAUUCUACCUGGACUACAUCCCACAAUCCAUAAAGAGCUUUCUGAUGAACUCGAACUUCACUUUUGUGGGGAUUAGGGUAGCGGAAGACAUAGCAAAGCUCCAGAACGGGUAUGGACUUGGGUGUAGGAAAAGCGAGGAUAUCAGGGAGCUGGUAAAGAGGAAAUGGCCAGUCCGGUUUAAAAGGCCUCGGCUGAAGGAGCUGGCUUUGAAAGUUGUGGGUCUUUAUCUGAGGAAGCCCAAGCAUAUGUGCAUGUGGGAGGCACGGCAGCUCACCUCAAGUCAAGUUGAAUACGCAUGCACCGAUGCCUAUGCCUCUUAUAGGAUUGGCCACAAGCUUCUCCAUGAGAUCUGA